AUGGAAUGGCCUGGAAGAGGGAGACCAUUUGGGUCCAGGAAGGGGAAGAGAUCAGCCGGAAGCGGCUCCGACAAGCCGAAGCAGCCGCAGCGAGGCCUCGGCGUCGCGCAGCUGGAGAAGAUCAGGAUACAGAGCGAAAUGGCCGCUGGCUACCUGCAGAUUAACCCUCCUCAUCUUGGCCUGCAGCAACCUCCAGUCCCUGGAAUUGGUAGCCUCAACUUGCAGGAAGAUGCACGGUCGUCUAACUCGCUGUCAUCGUCUCCAUCGUCCUCCUCCUUCCAUGCCAACAUCAACGUUUCAUCGCCCUACCCGAUCCAUCCCAAUUUAGCGAUGGCCUAUGGAGGGAGCAGAUCAGGAGAUAUCAGAUACGGCGAAUUCCAAUCAACGAAUCCCAUCAUCAGGUCGCCUCCUAACCAUGAAGUUAGCUAUGGAGCUGGAGCUGAUCAUUAUUACUCUCAUCCCAGCAGCGACCCUACACUGUCUCUCUUUGAACCUGAGGAAUCUAUUUACUUAAGGAGACAGUACUACAGCCUAAACCAACCGGUAGACUCUAUGAACCCAGAUGAUCCAGAAGACGUAGACCUUGAGCUCAAGCUAUGAUCAUCUUCUGUGAAUGUACUGUCCUGGCUACCUGCUAAUUAACAUCUCUCAGUUAAGCUCUCCCUGAUAUAUUGAUGCCUGCCUCAAAAAACUAUAACUACUACUGCAGUAUAUUGUGAUCAUUGUGAUGUGUAAUAUGCAUGCAUGAUAUUCGAUCAAGGGAGCAAUGAAGAAUAUAAGAAGCACAUCAAAGUAAAUUUCUUUA